AUGAAUAAUGAAUCGGAAUCAUCAGGACCGGUUUAUAAUCAAAUACCACCUUCUAACUUGCCAGUGACUGAUACGGAAGUCAUUCAAAUAGAUGCAAAAGAUACGUCAUUGCCUAGAAAAACGGCAGCUGAUCGUGUGGCUGAUUGUCAUUAUAAACGAUCAAUACAACGUGGUUAUGGUUACAUUGUUCUUGGUUCAAAUGGCUUUAUGAUCGAUGAUCUCUUUUGUGCUUCUUAUCUGGGGUUUGUUGUUAUCAAUAUUGAAAUGCUAUCUAUUGUAAGUGCUGACAGUAACAAUGAUAAUGAACUAAUUGUCGAUAAAGUGAUUCGUGUAUGGCUAUGUCGUCGUUUUUAUGCCAGUCGAUGGCCACCGACACCGUUCAAAGUUGAUUUUUUCUUACCACCACAAAUUCCUGAUUAUGAAAUACCGGGUAUAAUCAAGAUUAUUGCGCUAGGAUAG